AGGAACCCAGAGGCACGGAAUUUAAAUAUAGUCCUCAGAGGUCUCUCUGGUUGGUUUCUUUUCCCUUGUUGAUCCUCAUCAGAGAACAAAUUUACCAAGAGCCAUCAGCCAAACACACCCAAGCUGGAUGUGGGCCAAGAAGCAGCAGCACUGUUGAGAUCUGGGCAGCGAGGUGGAAGGGGAACCAGGGCACCAGUCGGGUGAAAGCAUGCGGGCACUGCUGGGCAGCAGCUGGGGGAAGUUUGGCCACGCCGGCCGGGGAACGUACGAGUGGUUAACCAGCGAACCCAGCCUCCCUCUUCUGGAAACUCACCUGCAGGGCACUCAGAAGAGAAGUUCCACCCGGGAGGAUGUGGAGCCCUUCCUGUUCAUCCUUCUUCCAGCCACCGUCCUUCUCUUCCUGGCCUUUCUACUGCUCUUCCUGUAUCGCCACUGUCAGACCCCUCGGCCCCAGGGCCAGGUUUCCGUCCUGGACCUCCCAGAGCACCCGCCUACAGGGGAGGUGACCGACUUCCUGCCCGGCUUACCCUGGAGCAGCGAGCAGAUCUCCCCUUACUCCCCACUGCCCCCGGAGGCUGCCCUUCUCUCCAAGGCGUGUUCACCGCCCUCCUAUGAGGAGGCCACCAAAGAUGCUCCUGGGGAACAGGCUCUGGAUGCGGGCAUUCAGUGUGGAGUGGGUUCACCUGGACUGGAUAAGCAAAUAUAAACUGCUCCUGAAAACCAUACAGAACAUGGCCCUCCACCCUUCAAAUAGCCCACUUGGGCAGGGGGACAAGGGCCUCUGAACCUAAGAAGCUGUUAGUCACUGGUGGACACCGGAAUGAAUG